AGAUGGGAUGGGAUUACUGCUGAUCAGCGGGUUUACACUGCUCUCAAAAUCUAAAGCAAGAGGAGAGAGAGAGAGAGAGAGAGAGAGAGAGAGAGUUUCCGUUGCGCUUGAAGCGCUUCAGCAGUUGGGACAGUAGUACGCAGGGACGCAGGGACGCAGGGGCAGCUCUCUGACCGCAACAUGGAUCACCCCGAAUGUUUACUUCCCUCACUUCCUCUCUACACAACCUAGGACCGUAAACCCAACUCUGGUUUGAUCUCUUAACCUCGGGAAUACUUCAGCACAUCCCUGCAAAAUGGAAACGACGUUCUUUCUCUCGACGCUUUUCUCCCUCAUCCUCGUUGGGAACGAAUUGGCCAGGGCCAUGCUGAAUGACAUUGGUGACUACGUAGGUACGGAUAUUGAGAUUUCCUGGUUGCCAAAUCUGGACGAUUUAAUGAAAGGCUACGCUCGAAACUUUCGUCCAGGGAUAGGAGGACCUCCGGUGAAUGUUGCCAUGGCUAUUGAAGUAGCCAGCAUUGACCAUAUCUCUGAAGCCAACAUGGAAUAUACCAUGACUGUGUUUCUGCGUCAGAGCUGGCGAGACGAGCGACUUUCUUACAACCACACGAACAAGACCCUGGGGCUGGACAGCCGUUUCGUAGAUAAACUCUGGGUCCCAGACACGUUUAUUGUCAAUGCCAAAUCGGCCUGGUUCCAUGACGUCACUGUCGAGAACAAGCUCAUACGGCUACAGCCUGAUGGUGUCAUCCUCUACAGCAGCCGGAUCACAUCUACAGUAGCCUGUGACAUGGACCUAACCAAGUACCCGAUGGACGAGCAGGAGUGCAUGCUGGACCUUGAGAGCUAUGGCUACUCUUCAGAGGACAUCAUUUAUUACUGGUCAGACAGCCAGAAACAUAUUCACGGCCUGGACAAACUUGAGCUGUCCCAGUUCACUAUCACAGACUACCGCUUUAUCACAGAGACGUUGAACUUUAAAUCAGCCGGACAAUUCCCUCGGCUCAGUUUGCACUUCCGGUUGAGGCGGAAUCGAGGAGUGUACAUCAUCCAGUCCUACAUGCCCUCAAUCCUGCUGGUUGCUAUGUCCUGGGUGUCUUUCUGGAUCAGCCAAUCAGCUGUCCCUGCAAGAGUAUCACUAGGAAUCACUACUGUGCUGACCAUGACGACGCUGAUGGUGAGCGCCCGCUCCUCGUUGCCUCGUGCCUCAGCCAUCAAAGCCCUGGAUGUAUAUUUCUGGAUCUGCUAUGUGUUUGUGUUCGCCGCCCUGAUUGAGUAUGCCUUCGCUCACUACAACGCCGACUACAGCAAGAAGGAGAAGGCGAAGGUCAAAGUGAACAAGAAUACAGAGUCCAUGGUGAAGAAUGGAAAGCAGGCCAUGGUCCUCUUCUCACUGUCAGUGACAGGCAUGAAUCAAGGCCUCGUGGUCUCCAAUCGGCAGAACCGCGCCCAGCACCAAACCGAGACACCCGUAGAGCCUCAGGAAGAGGCGGAAACGACUAAGCAAGAGAGCAGCGAGGAGAGGAAGUGCUGCAAGUGCAAACCCAUAGACGCUGACACAAUCGACAUCUACGCCCGUGCCGUCUUCCCUUUCACUUUCGCCGUGGUCAACGUCAUCUACUGGGUGGCUUAUACCAUGUGACAUAAAUCAGAUUUGGGAUUUUCACAUUAUGGAGUGAUCACGAUUGCCAAACUAUGAUUAAGAUAGUUGAAUCCUUAUGAUUCGACUCAGACUGCUUAGGUUUUGUGUGGAUCUACGUUUGAUAAAGCCAGAAAUUGAAGAUGAGAACAUAUGGUAAGGAAGCACUUUUUCCUUUCGACAAACUCUCAGAUGAAGGUGAGUGGAAUUACGAGGAAUCGCUGCGAGGGCUGCUGAUUGUUUUGCCUCUGCAACAUAACAUUGCCUUGGUUUCUCUGUGAUACUAUUAUAAUAUAUUAGAUAUUAUUUUGUGCCAUUUAAUUGCAGAUCUUUUUUUCACCUGAAUCCUGGGAUAAUUAAAUUGAACCAACACAACAUGAUUGCAUGACUGCUGUUUUUGUUAUAAGUACAUUUUAUUAUUCUUAUUCUGCCAUGGUUUUAAGUUUUCUUGCCAUUCUCUAGGCUUUGGACUGCCUUUAUAAUUAGUUUCAGACUUUGCAAAAGCUGUAUCUAAUGUUUGGUAAGUUAAAUACUUGAGCAAAUGACUGAAAUGUUGGACCAGUCAUGAAAGAAGGCCAUAGUUUAAAUAAUGAUAUUAAAUCAUGGCAAUUUCAUUUACAAUGCCUACUUGCAUGUUCAUAUAUUUAUAAUGUGACCUUUAGGUAGCCAAACUCUAGACUUAUCACAAGCCAAAUGUAUUUCUAUGUAAUGUUUUGGGUUUUAUAAUGGUCGCGAGACAUUGAAAAUGUUCUAGUGACCCAGGGAGGGUUUUAUGGCCAGCUUUCUUAAAUAAUUCACCUUAAUAUAGUUUUCCUUUUAAGGCUCCGAUUAAUUAAAUGACAAGACUAAAGAGAAAAUUGUACUGAGUCUAUAAUAUAGAGGCAAUGACUGCUGCAAUAAAUUUGAGAGUGGUAAAAGAAACAAAUGUGUGUGAUUUACUUCAGUAUGAAACAGAUUAGGUGUGUUUUCUGGGGAAAUGGAAAUUAAAUUUGUCUCUUCAUGGAAACUCUUAAGAAACUUCGACAUGGCAGCCUUCUACAGUGGGUCAGAAGCGCAAUAUUGGUCAGCACUCCAGCCUUGGAGAUGCUGCAGAAUUUCUUUAGGCUUGCUUACUUAUAUUCACAGCUUUGAUAGCUCUGCUUCAUUGCACUGCCUAGAAGAAACGUGGUCCUUAAAGGGCAGGAAUCAGCAACCAGGGUAUCUGAGUAGUUAAGGAUAGAGAGGAGAGGGUUAUUACAUUCUGACGGCUCAGCAGACCAUAGCGCAGCUACUGAGUCGGUCACUAUACAUGCCUUAUCUCAACUGCAAAUACAUCAUACUACACCACGCCUCACUCACCUGGCCUGUGUGCAUCAUAGCGCCUGAGGGUCAGGUGGCAGGGAGGUUGGAGGCCUCGCAGACCUAUCGCUUCCCAAUCUGGCACUGCGCAGGGUGUCUACAUGCCAAUGCUGAUGCCCUGUUGCAGCGACUUUACACCGAUGAAGCCUGCAGUUACUGUGAACUGUGAGAGGCCAAAAGGGACGAAGUGUCAAAGACGGAGUGCGUAGGGACCACAUCACAAUAAAUAGGGUAGCGGUCUGUCAUAUGACCUGGGAGCUGUACUCUUUACUACAGGAAUGCCUGACACUCUGUGGUAGACUUUGGGUUGUACACAUUUCUGGUUCAUCGAGACAGGCUGGUGCUCUAUGGGGUACCUGCCAGAAGGUAUACAGGAAGGUGUUCGGAGAAGGGGAGGCUGCUACAAAUGUGAUGUAAUUUUUGUUAUUAUUUUGUUUUCAUGGUGCAGCAUGGCUUGUCUGUGGCUUGUAUGAACAGAACCAUUCAGCUAUUUGCCAUUUUUAUAACCUUAUUAAAUGUGCUAUUGACUUCUUUUCAUUU